CACACAUGAACAUUAUGAACAACAAUCCAAAAAUCUGAUCCAAGCAAGCAUGCUGUUUUACCAACUUCAGAGCCACAGAAAUUUUGUUUGAAUUCUUUCUUAACCUCAUCGUGAUUGGAUUGAAUUGAUUGAUAAUUUACACAGCCUAAUCGCUUCUCUGAUAGAAAAAAAUAUUGGAAGAAAUGCCUACGUACGAGUUAGCAUUCUUGCUGAAAAAUAUGAGCAAGCCCGACAUAGCUGUAUCCUUGAAGAGAGCAGCCCAGGAAAUUUUCCUUCGAGGUGGCUUCAUCAGGAAAUUAGAAAAUUUGGGAAUCAGCAAAGACACGCCCUACAAAAUAUCAUCCCAUGGACAGGUUCAUAGAACAGCAAGCUACUUUGCUUUACAAUUUGAUGCUCCACCGACGACCGUUGUUGACUUGAAAGAUGUUUACAAGAGAGAUGUCGACAUCGUGCGGUAUAAUAUUUUUAAAGUUGUAGAACCAGAAAAAGCCGAGUGUACCUUGCAUGAAGAAAUUUUGCCUCCUGCAUACCGAAAGGAUGUCCAGGAGCUGUUGGCUGAAAGUGAAAAAAAGAAACCCAAGCAGUGGGACGCAAAAACUGGUCUGGAUUAUUAUCCUUUCCAGAGGUAGACAUUGAUUUAAUUGUUCAACUAGUUAGUAUUAAUAGAUAACUAAACGCAAAAUAUUAAAUAAAA